AACACAGAUCACAAGAGCCAUGACACAGUCUUGCUUAAACAUAGACUAGCAAGUCUCUCUCAGAGGGAAUCGUCAACACAAAGGUGCCUCUCAUCUAGUGGGCUGCUGCCUGAGGACUAGAGUGUGUCUGAAGUGCACCAUCCUCCAGUUGAGAUCUAGUUAUUGGUCCUUAUAGUCGUGGUCUGGUCCAGUGGUAACCAUGACAACUGCUGAGCCCCCUAAUGGACUAUGGCAUCGAAAUACCAAGACCAGUCAGUCCGAUGACAUCUCUAGCCAUGCUGCAAGUCACGAAAAUGUGCAGGAAGAAGAUGUCAGGCAGUGGCAAAAAUAUACGCAGAAAGUAAAGGUAAAAGUUCUAGAGGAGGUCCAGGAUCACCUCAGUGAAAUUCUUGACAGAGCUCUAAAUGAGUCAGUCCAGUCCUCCACAUAUGUCAAGUCAACAAUUAAUGGGAAGACAACAAAAAAACAAGCUUCAAGAUCUCAGAGAAUGGAUGAUGGCAAAGUGUUUAUGGAACGAGCAUCACUGCUGGACGAAUUAUUUGAGAUCAGCCACAUCAGAACCAUCUACCACAUGUUCAUAGCUGUACUCCUUAUCUUCUGUUUGAGCACCCUGGCUGUUGACUACAUCGACCAGGGCAGACUGGUUUUGGAGUUCGACCUGCUGUUCUUUGCCUUUGGGAAGCUGGAGACAGUCACCAGGGCCUGGGCUUUUAUGUUUGUUUAUACCCUGUUUGUUCCCUACUACACUCUGCUGUUUUGGGGAUCCUGGUACCACAAAUUCCCCUCCAAGCUGGGCCUGUCUCUGGGAACAGGGCUAAUUCUAACGGCUGUUCAGACCUACGUACUGGGACUGUUCCCAGUCUACACGGUUGUGCAUCACCAGCUGCCACCUGCCUCUCGCUUCAUUGUAAUUCUGGAGCAGAUUCGAUUCCAGAUGAAAACCUACUCAUUCUUAAGAGAAACAGCUCCUAUAAUUAUCAAGAAUACACCAAAGGAAGAAGAAAGUCCCAAGUUUCCAUCAUUUUCCAGCUAUUUGUAUUUUCUCUUCUGUCCGACCCUCAUCUACAAGGAGUCAUACCCUCGAAAUAGCCACAUACGGUGGAAGUAUGUUGGUGUUACCCUUGGCAAGAUUCUGGGAUGCCUAUUUUAUGGGUACUUCAUCCUGGUACGUCUCUGUAUCCCCGUCUUCAGACCUGAGACCAACCAGCCAUUUAGUAAACGAACCAUGGUUCUGGCUGUGUUUCACUCCAUAUUGCCAGGAAUAAUGCUCCUCCUGCUUUGCUUCUUUGCCUUCCUGCACUGCUGGCUUAACCUUUUUGGAGAGCUACUACGUUUUGCUGAUAGGAUGUUCUACAAGGACUGGUGGAACUCCACAUCUUUUGCUAAUUAUUAUCGUACUUGGAACGUAGUCGUUCAUGACUGGCUGUAUUACUAUGGAUACAGAGACAUCCUUUGGCUGUCAAAAAGAAGAUGCCGAACAGCUGCCAUGCUCUCUGUAUUCAUCAUCUCUGCCGUUGUCCAUGAAUAUGCUUUGGCUAUGGGCUUUGGCUUCUUCUAUCCCGUCAUGUUUUGUCUAUUUGCAGUCUUUGGAGUGGCAUUCAACUUUACCAUGAAUGACAAGCGACAGAGCCCAGUAUUCAACGUCAUCAUGUGGAUGUGUCUCUUCAUCGGUCAGGGAGUCCAGGUGUGCCUGUACUGCCAGGAGUGGUAUGCCCAGAUACACUGUCCACGGACUGGGGAUAACUUCUGGGAGGGGAUGUUGCCUCGAUCCUGGUCCUGCAGCUACCGCACAUGAAGCCCAACUUCGUCCUGAGCUUGAGGAGUUAAGGAGGUUGUGAAAGCCAUUAAGGAUUUAACAAAAAAGAGAGAAAGGGAGGAUACAACUUG